AUCGGAGCUAUCGGAGGAGCAGAACCCUAUCCUCUGCCUAAGAUUGUAAUUAACAAUUAUGUUAAUGUCAUGAUGAUUGCAUUCAAAGUAAAGGCUCUAAUUUGCCAGGUGAAGAUCAAUCAUUUAAGAAGACAUCUACUGCUUGCAACAACGAAUCACAGAUGCCAACAUACAAAGAGUAAUUCAUAUAAACUACUCAGUUACAGGCCACCUGAUUGGGCAAGCCACCUUCAAAUGAUUCCAUUAGUGAAAGUUAAGCUUUUUCAGCCAUUUACACCUAUUCAUAAAUGGAGUCUUCCAAAUAUACCAGAUGAUAUUGAUAUUUAUAUCAAGCGAGAUGACAUGACUGGAUCUGUUUUAUCAGGUAACAAGGUACGGAAGUUGGAGUUCUUACUAGGUGAAGCCUUAGCAACUGGUUGCCAAGCAGUAAUAACAUGUGGUGGAGUUCAGUCAAACCAUUGUCGCACAACAGCAGUUGCAGCUAAACAACUUGGUAUUGAAACCCAUCUUCUACUCAGGUCCAGGUCAGAGAACCUGUCUGAGACUAGUUGUCAUGGGAACAUGUUACUGAACAGUUUGAUGGGUGCAUCCAUGUACUUGGUUCCCAUAAAAGCUCAAGAGAAGACCGACCUUGAGCCAAGAAUGCAGCGGCUUGCCGACAGACUGCAAGAAGAAAAGGGUAUGAAAGCAUAUUUAAUCCCUAUUGGUGGAUCCAAUGUUGUUGGCCUCCAUGGUUACUUGUGUGGCUGGCAAGAACUCUUAGAACAGGGAGUGACUGACAGGUUUGAUGAUGUCAUACUGACUGUAGGCAGUGGUGGAACAGCAGCUGGUGUUGCUAUUGGCAACUUCCUUUACUGGAUCCCAUCUCAGAAUUCAUUAAAACAGUAGCCCAGCAGACUAGUAUUUUGCUUGACCACACAUACACUGGUAAAUCAGCACUAGCACUGACCAACGAGCUCAGGAAACACAGGUCAAAGUUCAAAGGCAGCCGAAUACUCUUUCUACAUUCAGGUCUAUAAGCAUUAACUGCAAAUACUGUUUGGACAUCUGUGCCCCUCCUAUAUCCCAACCAAGCAGUCGCCAAACCAACUAAAAUCAAACCUACAAUUCCGACCUCAACACCGCCUGACCUUCUGUCAACCUCCAUAGCGAACGAGACAGCAGCGGAGGAGAUCAAGCGGUUGGAAGCUCUCUGCGA